AUGUUAACAUACAGAAAAGUUGCAUACAUAUUAUGUAUGUUGGUGACUGUAUUGCUUUCGUUCGUGGCCACAGAAAAAGGACCGUGUGUCAAUUUCUCGAAUGGAUGCUGUCCAAAUACACGAUGGGAUGCAGAUAUCAACACAUGCACAGAUUGUCCAAUUGGGUACCAUUGGAUUAACUGCAGCAGACCAUGCGUUUAUCCGUAUUAUGGAGCAAAAUGUGCUUACAAUUGUUCUUGUGAGAAGACCUACUGCAAUGUAAUGCUUGGGUGCAUAUCAGACAAUAAGUCUAGCAUUGCAAAACCAAUUAUCACCGGAAUACCUUUGUACGGUUUUGAACACAACACAACUCAAUUAGUAUUCAAAAUGGAACCAACAAGCAAAAGAUACAACUGGAUAAACACUGCACUUAUUCUGGUCACGUUGAUUUUCGUCCUUGUGGCCGUAGCAUAUUUUAUCAUGCAAAUAGUAGAAAGAAAUAUGGAAAGAGUAUCAACUUCCUAAAGUUAACAGUUUUAAGCAUUUCAAUAAUUAUGUGUGUUAGUAUAUGCAUGUAAUGUAUAUACAUGUAUAGUCGUCUCUCUCUCUCUCUCUCUCUCUCUCUCUCUCUUCUCUUUCAGACAAAAUAACAUGUUUUUGCUGACGAGUUACGUAAUUCUUAUGGUGUUAUAGAGAGAAUUUUAGAAAUGCAUACGAUCUAUUUUUCUCAUUGAUUUACUAAUUAUAAUCAAUAAAAAUUAUGUUAUUCUAUGGUCAGCACAUUCUUUCACAUGUACACCCAAGAUGAUAUUUAUCGAUGGUAUGAGGGUUAAAUUUUACAGAUCAAUCUGAACCAGAUUAUUUCAGGCAUUCCUAAAGACAUGUAUAUGAGGGGUUGAAGGCUGCCAAAAAUUUAUUGUGCAAUACUUAACUUUCUUUUACAAGUUUUUUUUUAAUUUUCAGUACACUUUAUAUAGAUUUGUUUUUAAAAUUAAUUAACGUUUUCUAUUGAACUAAUUUGUAAAUGUACAUGUAUAUGAUUGUUAGUACUCUUUUCUCGACUCAAUGGCUUCCUGUUUUUAUUCUGAAUAUGUGUUGUUGUUGUUGUGAAUACCCUCAUAUAAUUGUAACAGGUAAUGACCAGAGUGUUUUCAUUUUACUUUUGUUAUACAUCUAAAUGUAGGAGAUUGGUAACCAUCUUUGUUUUGCCUCGGACUGGUGACACGCUUUUUUGUAUUAAGCCCCUCAUUAACACCAGCAUAUAUCUAAAAAGUCGACAAGAAGGGACUUGUAGACGGAAACAUGGUGACUAAAUCGUCUUAUUACUCAUAUGUUUUUCAAUACAUUAACAUAUAUUGUCAGAUGGCAAGGGUUCUCAAAAACAUAAAACACUUUUUGGUUUCUUAUUCAUUCUUGAUGGAAAUAUCGAGUGGGUAAGGAUCAUAGAAAGAUUGGCUUUGCAUUACCUUUUAAAAACUUUGACGACUACGCAUACAUGUAUAUCUAUAUGUAUGGACAUUCAGCAGCAAACGAAAUAAGUAUAUGUAAUAUGUUUUCUUUUGUAACUUACUAGUGUUUUCCCCGUUUCUUCGGAUCGUAUUCAUGUGAUUUUUUUUUCCUUAGUUUUAUGGAUGUGUUUAACAUGGGCGUAAUUUCUAUUAGAAAUCCAGAUGUAUUUUCUAUAAUACAGAUAUACAUAGAUAGUUUUAAAAAUGGGUAAAUGAAAAAAAUCCUGAAGGGGAAGGAAUGUCACAAAUAUUUUUUUAUUUGAACUAAUAAAAUGGCUUAAAUUAUUCCAGUUUGUCAUAUUGUUUUGAGGAUAAAAUACCGCAAACAAGCUUUAAAGGACAUCUGAUGGUAAAACAUUCAAAUUCCUCGCCAUUGACUGGAGACUGACAGGAUGUAGAAAUAUUUUACAU